UUGCAGGGCAUAGUUGGGACAACUUCAUCUGGUAAAACCUCACUCGUUCAUCGAUAUCUAACAGGAACUUUUACAGCGGAAGAAAGUCCAGAAGGCGGAAGGUUUAAAAAAGAGGUCUUCAUUGACGGUCUAAGUCAUCUGCUUUUGAUUCGUGACGAGGGUAGCGCUACACCGGAUGUUCAGUUUUCAUUGUGGGUGGACGCAGUGAUAUUUGUAUACAGUGUAGACAAUCAGGAAAGUUUUGAACGUGUUCGACACUUCUACAGUCAUAUGAAUAAGUUCCGAAACGUUGCCGAUAUGCCGGUGUUGUUGGUAGGAACCAAGGACACUUUGUCGGAGAAAAACCCGCGGGUGAUCAGCGAAGAGGAAGGCAAACAGAUGGCAAACCAUCUGAAACGAUGUGCUUACUACGAGACCUGUGCCACAUAUGGAUUGAAUGUGGAGCGAGUGUUUAAAGAUGGUACGUGUUUUAAAGACUACUUGCUCUUAUAG